GUUGUAAGUAAUACGAAUACUGCAUCUCCUUCGUAUGAACAGCAGCAAUUAGGUUGGCCGAUGCGGCGUCUGUUGGGGAGUGGCACAGCAGGUAAUAGUGUAGCAAGUAGUUCGUCUCGCGUUAUAACAACAGCAACAGCUGACAUUGCUGAUGCUGGUCGCCGGAAGAAUUAAGGGUAGGUUAAAGGUGUUCACGUUGCCGCUUGUUUUGCCUCUCCUAAGGGAGAACGGCAGAACGAACGGGAUACAGAAACGCCAAAAGUCUACCUCUAAAAGAAAGAAGCGGCUCGAGCAGCGUCCGUAGUGGCUGCACGAGAUACCUACUUCGGGCAUGCAAGUGUUUUAGUGCAGGCUUUCACAGGCCUACCGCAAAUGUGGGGUGCGCCGAAUAUAGGGCUUUGCACAAAAAUGGAAAUCCAAGUUCAUACCAGCUCAUCUAGCUCAGAUUUUUUCGCCGUGUUCAGCUUGUAUUCAGAGGAAUGAUAAGUAGGAAGAUGAAAUAUCCUAUUUGGAAUGCGUCUAAGAGACAGUCGACGGGAGGUGACUAGCUGGGCACCGGGUCAUCAUAGAGUAACCCGAUUUUCACCCUUACCCGGAGCACCAGCAAACCGAGACCAGAAAUUUGGCGAGAUCUUUCUCUUGGAAAUGGAAGGCAGAACAACUUUACCGCUGCGACGGCAAAAGACAAGAGGACUGCCCGCUACUACUAGAGGGGAGCCAGUGUUAGGAAUAGGAGAAUAACGGGAUCUUUUUUCCUCAUUUCCUAGUUUAUAUUCCCUCCCUCCAAGCUACUGUGUGCAUUCAAGACCGCUACGAACACCUAAAAACCCCCAUAGUGAAUAACAAGUUCUCACUUUUGAGACCUAAGAACCCCCAAGAUGAACAACAAGUUCUUACUUUUGAGACCUAAGAACCCCCAAGAUGAACAACAAGUUCUUACUUUUCAAUGAUCAGCGGAGGAUGAGACAUACCUCUAACGACAGGCGAGUGUCGUAUUGGGGCGACGCGACCUAGUGUUGGAGCGACAGGAUCUUCCACUGCAGUUUCAGAGGUAGCAGGUGACGACAAGGAUGAACAAGCACAAGAAGGACAACUGCAGGACUUGGAAGGGAGAGAGACACAGCCACAAGAUGAAGUAGGACAGCACGAGGCACCUGUGAGGGGCCAAUCGGGGCCCUGUAGUUCGAGUCCAUCAGGCUCUUCUGUGCGACGACGGUUGGGAGCACCUUUGAUUUAUGCGUCACCAUAGAACUUUCAAUAUUCACCUUGCCAGUUGGAGGUUCUAAAUACAAGAAUGUCGUCAACCAUUCACUGCAAGACACGUAUUUUCAUCAACGUGAAAGGAGUAUCUUUAGGAGUCGAUGUGUAAGAUACUCCCAGGAAUGAUCCUUAACAAAGCCGUAGUAGUACUGCCUCAAGAACUUCUAAUCAUUCCCCCCUGCGCGAUCUUUUGUCGAUCGUCCGACAGCACGUGAUGUGUUAGCUGUUGAGGGACGAGUAGCACUCGGAGAUUGGGUUGUGUUUGAUGCGCCUGACGCCAACCAGAUACAUUACCUACAAAAUAGUGCUGCUGUGGUUUCACCUCCAACAUCAACAUCAUUCCUAGAGAGGUCCAACGAUAGUUUAGGAGACAUCAAACGCAGUUCUAGUACCACUGAAGCAGAAAGAAAACACAAGACUACUACUGUGUCUUCACUUGUUGAUCGAGAUGAAGGUGAUCUUCGUGCUGGUCGUAGGGCUGUGGAUACUAAUCAUCGUGCUGCGACGAUGCAGGAUGGAGAUCACAGUUUGCGAUCACCAGCAACUUCUAGUACUGGUGGCCACCUACUGGCGAAUGCGGUCUCCAUGCAGCAUUUGUCUACUCCGAGUUCGCGUGUCGAUGAAGUAGAAGUUGGAGGUAGAACUAGAAAUGAAGAGGCCUUCUCACUACAAACAAACCCAGAUGAGCUUGAAGGUGCAACUGGAACAACAACACGUUUGAGCGCGAAUGAAGGCACAGUUGCAGUUUCGUCAAGACUUUGGCAGUUAGUCUCGUGUCGCUGGAUCGAAGUUCGGCGAGCAUGGUUGUGGACGUUGCGACAGGAAGACGCGCAGGAAGUGCGCUAUGCACAGGUUUUGUUACGGCAAAUUUGUAAGCCUCGUGGUCCUGCACCUGCUCAUCAAUUAGCUUGCGCUUGUAUGAUCAGAUUUAUCUUGCGCGGCUUGUAUUAUCAGAUUUAUUUUCAUAGAUAAUUGUUGUAGUCGUAUUAUCAGAUUUAUUUUCAUAGAUUUAUUUUCAUAGUCGAAUUACUAUUCUAUCAUGCUUCAUCCUAUUCUAAGGCGAGAUAGUCCGCCUGGGGAAGCGGGAAGUCGGUUUGCAUUGGCGGACUUCUCGAAUCGGUUGGAACACUGGCUACACAGGCGACUUGAGAGCGGUCGCCGCACUACGAUGUGGAAUAGCCGGAGCAAUGACGUUAGGGAAGUGGUAGAGCAGAUGCACAUGCAGGUGAAGCCGAGGACUGAGCUGCCGAGAGGAAGUGAGCAACAGAACAGAAGCAUGCAAGGCAAUGGAAGCGCUGUGGAGCGGUUGGCGAGAGGAAGUGCUGACCACGGUGCAGUUGGUGCUCAGCCUGCAGUUUCCGGAGAGAGUGAUCAAUCAGCUAGUCACUCUUUUUUUCGAGUGAGAGGACCGGUCAGAGGAGUUACGAACGAGGUCGGAGAACAUCAAGGAGGUGCAGAAGAACAGUUGCUAUCUGCAGAUACAAGUGCUAGGACAGCAGAGUUUUCGCCAUUUUUAGACCGUCCAGAGAAUGACAGUUCUUGGGUACCAGCUGGGCAAUUAGUAUUAAGGGUUUCCGAAUUGCAUUCCGCACUACCAUCCCUAGCUCUUUUCCCAGUAGAAAAGCCAGGGAUGUUCUGAGGAAUGUAUGAAAUUCCGCGACCUCUAAUAGUAGCCGAGUGGGUGGAGGCGCUGUCAGAGGGAAAAUUACGGCCAAGAUUCGACCUGGAGCGCGCCGGCGCAUUCACCAAUGUAGAUCUAGCGAAGUUGGCGGCGGCUAGUCGUUCGCUGGCAGCUGAAAUGAAGAGUCUUGUGACUUGAGGUUGAUGGGGGUUUUAGUUCUGACGAGUCUAUUCUAAAACUAGUUCUCCCGUUCUCUAGUGCUAGUAGAGCACUUACAGUUCUGACGAGUCUAAAUUCAGUGCUUGAAUUAACUAAAACUAGCUCUCUCAUGAUCAUGUUAGACAAAAUUAUAGACACAACAACGCUCGUAGUACUACAACAUGGAUAUGAUUAGAGACAUGUCGACAGUCUUGAUUCAACAUAGAUCGUCAUAGCAUUGAUAAAAUCGUUGAAGAGAAUACGGUCAGGUAGGAGUUAGUACUCAUUAAGAAUAUAGUCCGAGGUAGUGCUGUCAGCAUGGAGUUUGUACUGAAUGGCAAGCUUUCCUGCAAGAUGAAGGUAUGCUGAAGGUCUAAAGCUAGUAAAGCAUGAUGAUCAUAUUAAUGUAGUUUGCGAAAUUAUAGGAGGCAUGCUUUUCAAAUCUCAACAAGGGUAAUUGAUAGUUAUAAACAACUGAUGCGAACUGAUCGACAAUAUUGAAAUAAGUACAUCGUUGCACUGGAGGUGUCGAGGUCUGAAAAUUCGUACAGCAUAGAAAUACAUAUAGAACAAGCCGUACACAAGUAGGAACAGACAUUUGAAAUUCUAUUCUGCCUACUUGCGUCAAAGUCAAUGAUGAGCUGAGUCUGAAAUUCUCCUACGGGGGCAUCUAGUGCUGUUACAGUGUUGCGAAGAUUCAAAUGCGAGAAGGCAUAAUUGAUUGCAUUACCAUUUUUAUGUGCUGCAAUUAUCAGGCAAUCUAGUGUCUGCUAGGAAAUCUAGUAGGCCCACACCU